AUGAGGCACCCGGGGGCGUAUUCGGGGCUACUUGCAGGAGGACUAUCAGGCAAAACAGGACCUCAUUCUUUGCCACUAGCUAGAAUCAAGAAAAUAAUGAAGAAUUCGAGCGACGAAGUGAAAAUGAUAUCUGGUGAGGCUCCCAUUGUUUUCUCCAAGGCCUGUGAACUGUUCAUAGAGGAAUUAACUAAAAGAGCAUGGAUGGUGACACUGAAAGCAAAGAGAAGGACAAUUCACAAAGAAGAUGUGGCUUUUGCUGUUAUAAACACUGAUAUUUUCGACUUUCUUGUCAAUCUUGUUACUGAAAAUUCGAGUAAAUCUGAGGAACCUCAGCCUGUAAUGAAGGCAUGA